CAACUGGAUGGCGUCAUAAGACUGCGCCACCCUCUUAAACUUUCAAUGACAAUUUCCACCUUUCCACCACGAUAGCACCACACAAAUCAUCUGCCACAGAGUGUCACAGCUCCGAGUGACUACCAUGCAAUUGGCUGCACACAGAGCUUUAUACAACGGGUCUAAUAUCAUCAGCCCAGUGAUGAUUCGUCAGUGUUUGAGAUGCAGAGUGUCCCUGCAGCUGAACUCACGCCCUUACAGUGUGAUCCCGCCCCCUCGAGACGCUGAGGAGAAGGAGAUGUUGGACCGGAUCCUGCGGGUGGACCAUGCGGGUGAAUACGGGGCCAACCGGAUCUACGCCGGCCAGAUGGCAGUGUUGGGCCGAUCUAGGACCGGACCGCUCAUUCAGGAAAUGUGGGAUCAAGAAAAGAAACAUCUUGAAAAAUUCACUGAAAUUCUGGCUGAGAACAGAGUGCGCCCCACAGCACUAUUACCCCUCUGGAACAUUGCUGGCUUUAUGUUAGGUGCAUCCAGUGCAUUACUGGGAAAAGAGGGAGCCAUGGCCUGCACUGUGGCAGUGGAGGAGAGUAUUUCAGAACAUUACAACAGCCAAAUAAGAGCUCUGAUGGAGAAGGACCCCGAGAGAUACACUGAACUGCUACAAGUUAUAAAGGAAUUCAGAGAUGAUGAGAUGGAACAUCAUGACACAGGAUUAGAGCAUGAUGCCGAGUCAAUACCUGGAUACUGGUUACUUAAAAAUGCCAUACAGCUUGGGUGCAAAGCUGCAAUAUACGCUUCACAACGUAUUUAAUAUCUAUUUAGAAUAGAUACAGAGUUUCCCUCAUGUUUAUUUUGAUAUGCUGACUCAUUUUGUGUAAAUAAUUCAUCUGAAUUAAAACUUGAAUUAAAUUCUACUUCUUUGUCAA